AAUUUUUUACAGGUUGCUAGCUCUCUUAAGUUGUUCAUAACUUAUUUAUCAUAGUAUGGUCUGGAUUUACAUCUGCAUCAAGCAAAAAUAACAAUGUAGAAUGUUUCCUUUGGCAAAUAAUCUUUGUUUUUCGGGCACGAUUUCCAGUGAUAUGCAUUAGCUUCUGUACUUAGUUUUUAUGGUUAAUGCAGAUGCGAAGUUCUGAAUGUUGUUCAUCGCCCUCUUAUCGACUUAAGAUUGCGUUUUUAGAGGUUUGUGGUGACGGGAAUGGAUUAUUUUUAUAUGAUUUGUGCUGAUUUCUUUUAGCAAAUAGCUUUACAAUAACCCUAGCUUCAGUAGUUCUUUUAACAAUCUUAUAUGGUUAAGCCAAUUUAUUCCUUACCAAAAGUAAAUGCAUAAAGCCUGAUAUACUUGAAGGGGUGUUGGGGUAGAAAUCAAGGGAGUUUCUAUGUGAUUAUAUUCUAUAUGCAUUCAGGCGCACGUGUGCGAGCAUGCUUGGACUAACAAGAGUACUGCUUUAAUUUCCAUUCUCGUUCUCUCUUGUGAAUUUUUUGGUUCAUGACAACUAUGUUGACUUGAGGUGGUGGCUUGCCCAAAUGGAAGGACUGAUGGGCAUAAGGGGAGUGAUUUUUGUGAGUUAUAAUAUAACUGCAUCUGGAAAUCAGCCAAUAUGGUGGACAACUCACUUGGAGUUCCAGGUUUUUCAGGAACUGCUCAUCAAUCGUUGGACUUUGCUUGUACAUGCUAGUCAGUUCCCAGCUCCAACCGGCUCUCCAGCUCAUUUGUGUGUUCACAUAUUUUUAGGAAGGCUCUACUUUCCUGUUUCAGAGUGUUUACGACUCUGACAAUGGCCCCAAGACCAAGAGGACGACCCAGGAAACGCAAUACUCGAAUGUGUGCUGCGAUUGAUGCUAUGAAACCCAUGGGUUUUUCGGAGAAUUUAGUUUGUGAUACAGUGAAAGAACUACUGGAAGUUUAUGGGGAAGAUGGUGAUACAACCGGAUGGCCCUUUAUCGAAGAAGGUGCUUACUCCCUCCUGAUAGAAACAAUUCUUGAGAAACAAGGCGGUGCUGAAAACAAGGAUGCUUCUCUUCUGGAUGAUGCAGGAAGUGGAAAUGGCGAUGAAGUGUCAUCAGCUAAGCCCUCAAUCACUGUUUUUUGCCCGGAUAGUGUUGCACCGCGGAGGCUUAGACCUUUGUACGGCUGGAUUUGCAGGGUUGAUGAUGAUGAUAAUAAGCUACCUGUGGAACUAGCACCGGUUCCGUCAUUGGCGUUUGUCGCCGCUUUAUUGCGCAGAUGGGAGAAGAAGGUGCAAGUCAAGGUGGAAUGCGAGGCCUGAAGAUAUGUGAAUUCCAUUACUCUCGUUUAUUGAAGAUUUGCCUUGUGAAUUUUAGGGUUUAAAAGAGCAUUUGAUGAUCCAAAAGCGCUUUUAAUUAUUUGAAAGAACUUUCAAAAGCA